AUGCGCUUCUUUAGGGAUUUCGGGUACGAUGAUAUCCCUAGUGUGGGGCAUGAUAUGCUCGGUUCGGAUCGGCAGUACGUAGAGUACAUGCGAUACAUAGAAGUCGAAGGUCCAGAGCUAGAAAAAUACCGCCAGCCCUUCGUGCCCCAAACCCUGUUUCCCCUCCGCAUCCGUACCUUCAACUACAACGGCGAGCAGCACCCCGCCACGCGAAAAGUCGUCCUCACCUGCCCCGUAUCCUGUCUCUCCCUUCCCCCCGCAGCGCUGCACAAGCUCAAGCUUCUCUCCGGAGCCCGAUGGAGCCCUUACCCUCCUACGGACGCGGGUGUCACCCCUGAAGAACAGGAAAAGGAGGGCGGGGAAGGGUGGAUCAAGAUUAGCUGUGAGAUGUUCCCUGAACCACUCCAGAACUCGAAGUGGUGUAGCGAUAAACUCGAUUUGCUGGUUAUGGAGUCCCAGCGCAAUCCCACAUACUUCCUCUCAGUACCCCUCGACACCCGACACAUCCACGCCAGAGAACGCAAGCACCCCCGGCACACCCAUCUCCGGCGGGCCGACUUCCCGCUCGAAUGGAUCCCCGAAGGCUUGAGGGAGGAAGCGAGGUCGAAGAGGGAGGCGAGGCCGUUGGGCGAGGGGAGGCUGCCGUUCUCUUAG